GGAAAUAGCUAUCAAAUCCAACAUGGCUAACCGCACGGUGUCUGAUGCGAAAACGGUCAAAGGAACAAAUCCACAAUAUCUUAUCGAGAAAAUUGUUCGCUCACGUAUUUAUGAGAAUAAAUACUGGAAGGAGCAAUGUUUCGCGCUUUCAGCUGAAUUGUUAGUGGAUAAGGCAAUGGAGUUGGAUCAUGUGGGUGGUACAUUUGGUGGAAAUAUCAAACCUACACCAUUUCUUUGUUUGGUGUUGAAAAUGUUACAAAUUCAGCCAGAAAAGGAGAUUGUAGUGGAGUUUAUCAAAAAUGAAGAUUACAAGUAUGUGCGAGCACUGGGGGCCAUAUACAUGAGACUUGUUGGUACAUCAUUGGAUUGUUACAAUUACCUGGAACCUUUGUACAAUGACUACAGAAAGAUCAGAAGGAAAAAUAAGAUGGGCAAAAUGGAGCUUUCCCACAUGGAUGAGUUCAUUGAUGAAUUACUUAGAGAGGACAGGGCUUGUGAUGUUAUUCUCCCUCGCAUUCAGAAACGCCAAGUGUUAGAAAACACCAAUCAGCUUGAACCAAGGCGUAGCCUUAUUGAUGAUGAUUUGGAAGAUGUUGAAUCAGAGUCUGAUGAGGAAGAAGAAAAACAGUCCCCGCGUCGCCGAAGUAGAAGUCGGAGUCAUUCGCCAAGACGUUCGCAUCGUGAUCACGACAGGAACCGAAAACGUAGCCGAUCACCUGCACAUCACAGACGGAGUCGUUCCAGAUCUCCUCGCCGUCGGCGCCGGAGUGCUUCCCCUCAUAGAAGACGUGGACACAGAAGUCGUAGUCGUUCGCCUCAUCGUCGCCAUUCAAGGUCGCGUUCUCGCUCGCGAUCGCCACAUCGUCGGCGUCACCGAUCUAAGUCUCGAUCGAAGUCACCGGAGAAAUCGUCGUCGAAAAAGUCGAAGAAAUCAGAGAAAUCCGACAAAUCGGACAAGAAAAAGGAUAAAGAUAAUGACGGCGCAGGGAUGAGCAAAGAAGAGCUGGAAAUUAAAGAAGCAAAUGAACUCAGAGCCAAGCUCGGACUCAAACCGCUCAAGCCUUGAAGUGAUUCCUAUUUGUGGACACGUUAACAAAUGGUAAACCCCACAGCGUACACUAUUGAGUUAUGGAUGCACGCGGGAGGUUGCUAAGCACGAA